AUGCCCCCUGCUGGACUCCGUACUCAGGGUGACCUCCUAACCCAGCCCCUCCAUGCCGAUCAGCAGAUCGACCCGCAUGAAGCGGACUCGAGCGGUACUACCAUCUUCAGCAAGACAGCCCUGCAGAGCAUCGGAUGUUCGGCACCACCGCCGCCCACAAGCCACACCGCGGGUGCCCAAUCAGCGCCGCCAGAACCUGGUCUCUCAUCCCGCGCGAUCAGCAAGGACCGUAUUUUUGGUCUGGAUGAGAUAUGA